AUGUCUACAUUACAUUUUGUCGGAUUUAAUGGUUACAAUCAAUUUCCCAGUAGUAGUAGUGGUAGUGUCAGAGACUCAUCUAAAAUAAUAAAUAACUGGACUUGUGUUCAAUUUGAAAAAAUAAAUAAUGUUCAAUGUACUCAUAGAUUUAUCAUAAUUGAAACAAAAGAAAAUUUUGUCAUACAUGGUUUAUCAUCAUUAGAUUCGAAAAAUGAAGUAGUUAUUAAAAAACCAGUCAUUGUCGAUAGUUUUUCCAGUUCGGAUGAAAUCCUUCUCACGAGUUCAAAUUUAAACUUGUGGAAAUUCACUUAUAAAAAUUCAAAAUGGAGAAAAUUGAAUUUGAGUUUUAUGAAUGAAUUUAAUGAAAAAAUAUGGAAGGAAAUUGAUAAUAAAGUUAGUAUUAUAUCACACAGAAUAGAUCUUAACAGUUUUAUAUUACUUCUAAGCAAUGGAAGUGUUUGGACGUUAUCAAACGAUGAUAAACUACAAAUCAUAUAUUCAAACAUUUCAGAAAAAGCUAUUAAUGUUGUAUCAGGAUUAGAACAUUCAUUGAUAUUAACAGAAUCUGGUUGUGUUCUUUCUUUUGGAAAUGGCAGUAGGGGUCAAUUGGGAAAUGGAACACUUAAUUCAAUUGAUCAACCUUCUCAAAUACCUGCUCUGGAAGGAUUAAAAGUAAUCAAUAUCGCUGCUGGAAAUUGGCAUUCAUUUGCAAUUACAGAUUCUGGAGAUUUGUGCGGUUGGGGAUGGAACAAUUAUGGACAAUUAGCAACAUUUGAAGAUGAUGAAGAAAUCACGUUGGCAGCAGAGCCAAUUUUCGUUGAAAUUAUUACGGAAGAAGAAAAUAUAAAAGUCGUUGACGUGAGUUGCGGAAGUAGGCAUACCAUUGCCAAAAUAGAUAAUGGAGACCUGUAUGGAACUGGAUGGAAUGUUUAUCGACAAUUGGGAAUAAAUUCAGAUUUGGAAAAAACAACAAAAUUUACAAAAGUCAGUUUAAUAAAUAAUCAAAAGAGAAAAUUAAUUUGUGGUCCUUGGUAUUCGAUAUUGUAUGAAAAUUUAAAUCAUGAAUUGUUAUGA